AUGCCCAGACGUCCCGCGGAGAUCCCGCCCGACGACGAGUGGUCGCAGGAGGCAGCCAAAACGUUUUGGUGGGGUAACUGGAGGGACCCCAGCAAUUGCCUGUUUCCGUGGCUGUAUGCAGAUGGACGGCCUCGUCCGACUUAUCCAAUGAAGGACGACUGGGGUGUGCAACCCUUUCCUGUCGACUAUGAUUGCGAGUGGGCGCAGGGAAGGCCCCAAUGGGAGGUGUAUUUGGAUGCAUAUGAUGCAUGGAAUCGAGAGACUUGCCGGCUGAUCGAAGUUUACAGACGCAAGGUGGAGGAGAUGGACUAUGAAGAAAGUGUGGAGGUUUACGAGGGCAAAUUUCCGGACGUGCCAGAGUAUCCCACGGCGAAUGCCAAUGUACUCAUCGCCGCGGCAGAACCAGAUGUUGUUGCUCUUGCAGAUGCCUUGGAAGACCCAGACAGCGAUGCCAAUUGUAAGGAUUGUGGUCUUUGGACGCCGCUGAUGUAUGCCGCAAUGGCCGGUAGCCUUGAGUGUGUCGAGUACCUCAUGGAUAAUGGCGCAGACCUCGAUGCGCGCAACAAUCAACAGGACACUGCCUACGACAUCGCUAUCCAGGCGUUUGCGAAGAAACAGUCCGAUCAUCCAGUGUUGCGCCUCUUCCGUGAGGCUGGUGCACCACGUGGUGCCGGUUGGAGAGCAACACUUCCGACAGAAGAGUGGCGGUGA